AUGGACGAAGGCUUGUUCUCCGUGGACAAGUUCACCGGCGGCAGCCAGGUCUACUUCCUGACGCACCUCCACCAGGACCACACCCGCGGCCUGGGCGCGGCGGGCGGGUGGCGCCACGGCCCGCUCUACUGCUCCCCCGUCACGGCGCGCCUCCUCCCCACCCGCUUCCCGGGGAUCGACGCCUCGCUCCUCCGCCCCAUCGCCGCCGGCGACUCCGACUCCCUCACCCUCUCCUCCCCCACCUUCGGCCGCCCCAUCUCCCUCCACGUCACCGCCAUCCCCGCCCUCCACUGCCCCGGUUCGCUCAUGUACCUCAUCCGCGGCGACCUCGGAUGCAUGCUUUUCACUGGGGAUUUCCGGUGGGAGUUGGGCUGCGAGGAGGCGCGAUCCGCGAAGAAGGCGCUGCUCCAGGCGCUUGCCGGGGAGAGCGUGGACGUGCUCUACAUGGACAACACCUACUGCCACCCCACGCUCAACUUCCCUCCGCGUCGCGUCGUCGCUGAACAGAUAGUUAAUAUUAUUCAGGCUCAUCCUGAUCAUGAAGUUAUUAUUGGCGUUAACAACCUUGGAAAAGAAGACCUAUUGCUUCAUAUAUCCAGAGCCUUACAAACGAAGAGCUAG